AUGGAAGAUGAUUAUGAAGCGCUUAGAAUGAGUUUAAUAGAUAGAAAAAAAAAGGAAAUAAUUCAUAAGCCUAUUUUGAAUAAUAUUGGUGAUUCAAUAGAUUUUGGUUUUCAAGCAGUUAACUAGACUUAAGAAAAGGUCUUCACUUUAGAAAAUAAAAAUGACUAUUAAGUUGAAUGGAAUUUUGAGUCUGAAAUAUUCUAAGUAUUUCCUUCAUUUGGUACUUUAGAUGCUAAAGGUGGUAAAUAAACAGUAGUUAUCUCAUUUACUCCUUAAGAAGCAUCAGCAAUUUUGAAUACUAUUAUUUUAAAUAUUGACAAAGAGAAGCCCAGGAUAAUUAAGGUAAGUGGAAUUGGAAAAUACCCAUUUAUCUAACCAUAAGCUAGAAAAAUACAUUUUAAUACUCUUUUAGUUGGUAAAUCUUUAACAAGAGAGGUUAUUGUGAAAAAUCUAAGUUAGGUGGGUACAAAAUUCACCAUUACAAAGCUGAUAAAUGAUGAAUUCAAAGAUUCAUCUUUUUCUAUAAACUGUUCAAGUGGUUUCAUUCCACCUCAAUCUUCAUUUUUGGUUUCUAUAACUUAUAAGCCACAAGUUGAGGGAUUAUGCUCAAUAGCUCAUUGGAAAAUAGAAGCUCCUGGAGGCAAUAGUGCUUAAAUUAGUGCAAUUGGCGAUGCUGAAGGAUUUAAUAUAAGAUUAAGUGAUCAAAGCAUUAAUUUUGGUGAAGUAAAAAUUGAAACAGAAGCAAGUCGAAUUUUAACUAUUUACAAUGAUAGUGAUUUGCCAACAAAAUACUAGUUUUACAUAGAUUAAAAUAGUAUUUUUAGUAUUUCUAAACCCAAAGGUAUUAUAAAAGAUCAUUCCUAUGUAAGAAUGCUAGUUUAGUUUGUUCCACGCCAUACUAUAUGUUAUUAUUAGAGAGUAUUUUGUGUUGUUUAAAAUCACAAAGUAAUCUAUGUAGAUCUUAUAGGAACAUGCUAUGAUUUGCUAUUUAAACCCCUACCUUUAGUUUAAUAGUAAAUUGAUUCUUUUAGAAAGAGAGUUAUAGAAGGUAGAUUAUCGAAUAUUGAUAUGAAAUACAUGGAAAAUUCAAUUUUACUUAAAAUUCAACAAAAUUCACCUCUAAGUAAACGUAAAACAGCUCAUAAUCUGAGUUAAUAAUUGGCAAUUACAAACGGAACCAAUUUUUCUAUAGGAUAAUUCGGGAACUACUCAUAACUAAAUAAUUUAAGCUUACAGUAACAAAGUUAAAUAAACAAUGGUAGUGGAUUACUUUAAAAUUAAAAGAAGCAACUAUUGCCAUCUUAAUCUCAUCAGUAGUUAUCAGUUUUUAAAUCAUAAAGCCAAUAAGAAAAGGUAAUUAACCCUAACAAUAGGUACACAAAAAACAAUUUGAGUCCUUAGAAAAACCUAUCUAAAAAUAAGAGUCUUCUUUUAACAAAAGAAAAAUCAACCCAAAUUACUUCAACAGUAGAGAGUUCUACUAAGCAAAUCCCAUCAAUAAAUUAAAAAUACCCAUUAAAUUCAGCAACAUAAAAUACUUAAGGAGGUACUAUUGACACUAUCAAUGCUAACUAAAAUCUUGAGUUGUAGUAGUAAUAAUAUUUUGAUAGAAUUCCUGAAACUUAUGAAGAUGAUACUUCUUAGCUAAAUUCAUAAAUAGCCCUUCAUAGAGAAUUAUUUUUAAGCUAAACAAGUGGAACACGACUGAUAAGAAUUAGUGAAGAGUUUUUAGAUUUUGGAUAUUAAGAAUUAAUGACUCUGAGCUAAGAAAGAGUAGUUACUAUAUUUAAUAAUAUAAAUAGUAAAAUCACAGUUUUUUGGACCAUAUUAAAGAAAAACAAUAGCUUAGAUAAUAGUCUAUCUGUUUUUAGUGUUUAACCCGAAACAGCUUCAAUUAAGCCUAAUUCAAGAGCAGAUUUUAAAAUCUCAUUCCGUCCUAUAAAAAAUUCAUUCUAUUUCUUUUAGGAUCUUCAAUUUAUAGCUUAUAAAUAUAGUGAAAAGCUAACUAAAAAUGUAGUUGAUGAAUUCUAGAAAUCAAUUUUAGCAUAAUCUAUGAAAUUUACAAAUGACUAAUUAUCUCUUACUCAUACACAGUCUUAAAAUUCGCUAAAGACUUCCACAGUGUUCUUAAAGACACUGAAUAAAAUAGAUUACAUAGCAGAUGAAACUCUGCCACCAUUUUCUGGAUUUGUAAGUUGUGUUGGACACUCUUUUGGCCCACAUAAUUAAAUAUAUAUUCCAAUGGUCGAUUUUUCACCUUCUAGUAAAGUCUAUUUCAAGUCUUGUAGAGUUGGAGAAGUUUCUUACUAAUCAGUAGAAUUGUAAAACUAAGGGGACACACCAGUAUAUUUUAGAGUUUAGAAGGACCCUAGUAGCAUUUAUAAUGUUUAUCCAUAAGUAGGUUUAAUUUAGCCAAAAUAAUUCAUAUUACUGGUAAUACAAUUUGCUCCAUAGAAAGCAAAAAAAUAUGAGUAUUCAAUUAAUAUAGUUCUUAACCAUAAUAACUCAAAUAUUAAACCUCUAAGUUUAUAUGGUUUUUGCAGUGAGCCUUUGGUUGAUAUAGAAAACGAUGGAAAGCUGUUUUUCCCUCCAAGCUUCUUAGGUGUCUACUCUAAACAAAAAAUGAAAGUAGAAAAUAGAUCUAAAAUUAAUUUAGAAUUUGAUAUAUUGAUUCCUGAUAAAUAUAAAGAAAUGUUGCAUUUUGAACCUUAAUCAGGUGUUAUGAAACCAAAUGAGCACGUUUACAUAACAUGUGGCUUUGUUCCUUACCAAAAAAAAAAUUACAAGAUAAAGCCUAUAUUUAAAGCUAAAGAAAGAAUAGAUUUAACUUAAUCUAUGGUAGGAUACUUUAUGCCUGGGUCUGGAAGCAGUGAAUAGUAGUAAAUUUAAUAAGAAGAUGAGAUACAAAGUUUAAAAUAAAUUGAAAAACAACUUGAGGUUGUUGCUAGAGGUGCUGAUGGAUCAAUAACGAUUAAACCAGAACUGAUUGAUUAUGGAAUAGUGAAAGUUAACUUUUAAUAAAGGAUGACUGCACAAAUACGAAACGAUUCUAAUUGCACUUUUUACAUUGAAUUAAAACUUGUAAAUGAUGAUGAAUAAGAGGAAACUGAAAUAUAAUAAAGUUAAACAUAAUUAUCAUAACUGAUUAGUGAUUAAGAUAUUGAAACUAGAAGAAGAAAGAACAAGAAAAAAAAUGGACAUCUUUAAAUUAAUGAGGAUGAGGAAGAUGAUGAAUAAAUAAAAACUGGAGAAAUUGAUUAAAGUCAUACUAUGAGAAAAAAUAAAUAGGUUUAUGAUCAAGAAACUAUUCAUUAGAAUUUUAAGCUUGAUUUUACUGAAGGAAUAAUAUCUGCUAACUCAAAAAUAGAUAUUGGAAUUGUAUUUUGUCCUAAUUAAGUUAACUUUUUUAACAUGAAGUUGGAAGUUAUAGCAACAGAAUGCAAUCCAAAGGCUAGUAUAGUGCGUACUUAAAAUAGAUAGUUUAUCUAAAAAACACAUCUAAAAAUUAAAGCUAAUGGUAAUUACCCUCUAUUGAAAAUAAUUGAUGUUAGAAAUGAUGCUAUUAGUGUAGCAUCUUUAUGGGAGAAUUUUUAAAUUAACAAGAUUAACUCAGAAUUAGCAACUGAUUUAAACGAAGAUGAAAUAAACUUUUUGAGAAUAGAAUAGCUUAACAUAGAAUAAGCUUAGAAGCUCUAAAGAAAAUUAAAAAAUUAUACAUGGAAUUUUGGAUAUUUACCAAAUAAUAAGAAUGUAAAACCAAGAAAAAUUGUUGUUACAAUUCAAAAUAUAGGAGGGACUGAGCUAGACUUUAAUUUUAAAUUACCUUCUGAUAGUUAGAUUGACUUAGAACCUUGGGCAGAUCCAGGUGAGCUUUAGGGAGAUGAAGCUUAUGAAAAAGCUAUCAUAGAUAGGAAAAUAUUUUAAAUUAUUCCUAAAUCAGGAACACUGAAACCUUAAUAGCUCUAAGAUAUAUAAUUAAUAUAUAGUCCAGGAAAUAUUGAUGAUGGUUUUUAGAUUUUAUCAUAAAAAUAAGAGAAAAUUACUUCUGAAAAUCACCUAUUAAGGGUAGUUUUAUAGAUAAAUAAUGGCAAACCUUUGGUUAUAAAUCUAAAAGGAAUGAUGCUUUCUCCUACAUAAGGCAUGCUCUCAGUUAAACAAAAUAGAGUAAACUUACCUGACUGUCCUAUAGGUAUGCUUCUACCUUUGUAGUAUCCUAUUGAAAUAUAAAAUGUUGGGUUAACAAAAUUAAAUUACUCAAUCGAAGUUUAAGAAAUAGAUGAAAAAGGAUAAAACAUAGAUUCAAAAUUUGAAAUUUUCAACAUUUCUAAUAAAAAUGGCUCUCUGAUGCCUAAUGAAAAAUAAUACUUAUAUUGUUUGUUUAAGCCUCUGGAAGCUAAAAAGUAUUAUCAUAUUCUAAGCAUAAAAGCUACUGAUUUUAUGAAGCCUCUUAAAGAUAUUAGAUUGCAUGUAAUUGGCGAAGGAUUUUCAAAAAUUCCUAAAAAAGUUAUUAAAACAAUAGAAAAUGAGUAUCCUUAGCAAAGAUCGUCAGUUUCUGCAAUAGGAAGCAAGGUUUGCUUUUCGAUUGAAGAAAUUGAUUUUGGUGAGCUAAAACCUCAUUAAUAAAUAACAAGAGUAAUUAUUUUAUAUAAUUUAUCAAACAAUGAAAAACUAUCCUUUGAUUUUACGUAUGGGUUUUCUUUACAAACAAAAGCACCAGGAUUAAUUUGUGAAGAUAAAUUUUCAAUAGAACCUAGCUAAGGAAGGUUAAAUCCGGGUGAAUUUAUUGAAUUAAAGUUAACAUUAGAAGCAGCUUUACAACCUUCUAUUUAUUCUGGAGAAAUAGAGUGUGCAAUUUAUUGGGGAAACUAAGAUAUCGCAAGUGGAAAUAGAAUGGUCACAACUAUGAGUUCUGUUUCUAGCCAUUCAGGUAUAGAAAAAGAAACACUGUUUUUAAGAAUUAAAAAAUAAUCUAAAUUAAGCAACCACUUGCAAAAAACAAAAGAUAACUUACAAAGCUAAAAUUCUAAAGAGCACAUGAUGAUGAAUAUAAUAGGAUAAGCUAUCAAAGAUAUUUUAAAUGACGAUAAUUUGUUUGAUUUAAUAAAAAGAAUUGAUGAUUAGCCAGUUCAAUUGUAUUAACAAUUUGAUAAGGAAGAUACAAUGGAUAUUACUAUGGUUAGUAAAGGUUUAAAUGAUAUUUUAGAUGUAAGUGGAAUAGCAGAUGAUAUAAUUAAAGAUUUAAAAGAAAACUACGAUAACAACUAUGAAGAAAAUAAUAACUUAUCUGAACAAAAUAGCUUUACAGUGAAUCGUUCAGAUAGUAAAUUUAAUAAUCAGAAUGUUAACAAUUCAAUCAUAACAAACGGAAAACAAUAAAAAAAUAAAAUGUAUAAUGAUUACAGACAGAUUUUCCUUUAGGAUGAAUUCUCAGAAUUAGCUGACUUAAUAUUUGAAAAUACAUACUUUAACAUCAUUCAAGAAGCUACAAGAAGGGAAUGUGAUUUGUUAAGAGUUGGAAAAAAUUUUAUAAUUCCUCAAAAAUGA